AUGGAGAAAGAAGGAAGGUUGGAUGCGGCUGGAGAUAAUCGUUGGGCGGAGUUGCAGGAACGGUUCGUUUCAGAAGCAAGAGAUAAGGAAGCCGAUGUUUUAUUUUUGGGAGAUGAUCAUAUUGCAUUUCUUGAACAGUCGCUGAUCUAUCGAGAAAAUUUGGCCCCCUUGCACUGUUUAUGCUUUGGUGCUUUUGGCGAUAAAAUCUCAAAUCUAUCGUGGAGACUUGACAAUAAUGUAUUAAAAGGCUUGAAUCCGAAGGUAAUUGUUGUAUCGAUUGGCAACUCUGAUUUUGAUUUAAAUAGAGAGCAGAUGUUAGAAGCUCUAAAAAGUGUCGCGGUAAUCAUUAAGGAACAGAAGCCAUCAGCGAAACUGUAUUUUAUGAAGCUUCUUCCAUCUGGAAAAAGACCAAAUAAGAGACGACAAUUGGUAGCUCGAGUCAACGAUAGUUUGGAAGGAGUACUAAAGGGUUUAGCAGAAGUGAUUGACGUGGAACCUUCUAUUGAAGGUGCAAAUGGUCUGAUUGAAACUCACGACAUGUUUGAUUACGUCCAUCUCACUCAAGAAGGCUAUCGUAAAAUCUAUGAACCAGUUCUUAUUGCCGUAAAUGCUGCACUCAAUCCCGAUCCUUAA